GUUCCGGUCGUGCUUCCAUCACUGUCAAAUGUUGCUACAACACCAAGAUAGAAGUACUUUCGGUGCGAGACAAAAAUGACAGCAUCAUAUCGUGAACAAUUCUUUCCUAGGAAGAUGUCAGACAGAGUAGACACUACUUCGUGCGCUAUCGAGUAAAUCGGUAGACGCUAGUACUGUGAAAGAUCGGUCGCCGUGUAUUUCAAUCUAUUUGCUUUCGGUCGCAGCUUUCAUACGUAAAAGUAGAAGAACUGGCGUGGUAUCAAGAUUCCGAAUCGGUGUCCUCGUAGACGUAAUAGCUCGGUCCUUGAUGGUGAAGCAGGAGCGCAUACGUCGCAUUCGUAUAGUAUUAGCCUCUCUGCACGCGGCCAGGCGUAUUCUGUCGAACUCCUUUGGCCUGAAAAGCAAAAGAAAGAAAACCUCACAUCCCCGAUACAGUGAAAGUCGCCCGUUGCUUAUUAUACCCGAUACUUCAGCGCAACUUUUACUUGUAUACUUGCCACACAAGAACAUUUUGGUUUUGCCGUAUGAAACAAAAUUUGACUUUCACGUGUUGACUUUCGAGCCACUCGUUGUAAUUUAUUAGUAUUCCCUGUUCAAAUAAAUCUAAAAUUCCAUUUCAGUAUUUUCCACACCUCCACCAAGAGAUUUCACCAAGAUGUCGUAUCCAGACCAUGCUUUGAAAGCCCUGGAGGCAAACACCACCGAGAAGCUCAAGGAACUGUUGGCCGCGCAACCGCCAGAUGUGCAGGGCGAGGGGCUGCUGGCCAUCUGGGACAAGUUAUGGACUGAGGAGUUGAAAUCGGUCGAGGUAAACACCGUGGACGGUGUCACGGGGGAUGUGUUUCCCUACGAAAAAAUCCGCGCCAUCGUCGGCGACGGGGGCAACUGGAAGUGGCCACGCAUGUGGCAACGCUUUGACGAGCUGGAGCGACGAGGUAGUUCUUUUUAUGAUAAAACUUCUGGCAUCAUAAUUAAUUCAGAUAUACAUAUAGUUGCGCUUGCGUGUUCUUGGUGGUGAUGUCGAAUAGAAAAUAAAGCGGAUAAAGAUAUCGAUUUUCUUCAUGCUUUCUUUGAGAAAAAAAUGAAAAUCAAAAUUCUCCCCACAGGCACUCUCUACCGCCCAAAUGAGAUUAACAACCUGGGUCGCCCCAACAAGAAUCCACGGAUCGUGCCCCAGAAAGUUCUGAUCGCCGGCGGCGGUCCGGUGGGCAUGCGGCUGGCCAUCGAGCUUGUGUUAGGUGGCCACCAGGUGACCGUCUGCGAGAAGAGGCGGGAGGACAAGGGCAAGGGUUCGCUCGGCUUCACCAACCGCAUCAACCGGCCGCACAACUGGCCCUUUCUCAAGCAGGACUUGGAAAAAUUGAACGGCAAGGAGCUGAUGUCGCAGAAGGCCUGCUACCCAGUGUUUACCGAGCCGCACACCAGCUCGAUCGGCAUCGACGAGUUGCAGUGUCUGUUGCUGAAGAACCUGCUGUUACUGGGUGUCGAGUUUCGCCUGGGGGCGGGGUUUGUCGACGCGGAGGUGGUGGCCGGGAAGGACAAGACGCCACCACGCUGGAACGUGACAAUCAGUUACGACGCCGAGGCGCAAAAAAAGUACGGUAAAGGAGCGGAAGACAAAGAGGUACUAGGUGGACUAGCUUCAGGAGAUUUUUAUGACAGUGGUUUGGUCGUUUCUUUAUAUUUGUGUUGCGAGUUUGUCUCACCUCCUCGUCCCAGCAGUGUUUCGGCACUCGAACUCUGCAAUUAACUUCAGACGACGAAAUCGAGAAAACAGUAGAAAAUGUAAAGAUACAAUUACAACCCUUGUAUGAGCCAACUUAAACCUUUAUCUUGAAAUUCCGAUCAUUCCAACAGGUUUUCGGCGUGAUCCUGGGUUGCGACGGGCCGCGCAGUACCGUCCGUGAAAAGCUGGAGAAGCACUUCGGCGGCAUCGAGAAGCGGAAAUUCAUGGACGCCGUGGGGAUUGUGGCGAACAUCGAGAAGUUGACGCGGAAGCGCGCCAUGGAGCUCGGGUUUUCGAUAUUACAGUGAAAAAUGCGCCCACCCCCAAAGUUGCAAAAAUUUGUAAUGCGAAGUUUCGAAAUAAAACCUUUCUGUCAUGCAUGAAAGGGGUAUGAAAUGCAGAGUCUAGGUGUGUAUCGCAUCGCUUGCCUGACAAGCGCCGCUCUUGCUGGGGUCUUCUGCAAUACAAAUUUUUCCUAUUAACGAUAAGAAACCUGUGAUGCUGAUAGAUGCAAGAAAGCGAACGCUUCAUUUGGAAAGGUUUGCAAUACAAAUGCUCCUAAGUCGGGGGUGGGGGCAUUUUUCAUUGUAAUAUUCGAAAGAUUUGGAGGACAUGAACCGGUCGAAAAUGUUGUUCAAGCCGUUCUUCUAUGCAGUGCAAAUAUGUCUGGGUCUGGAAACUUGUAAUGCUGGGUUGUGAACAGAAAACACCCUGUAAUGCACAGCAGAGCAUGAGAAAUACGUGCUCGGCUAUAGUGUUGCGCUUCCCGCAUGACAAGCUGCGUUUUCGCAUGACAAGUAAAAGGGUCUCUUGUUGGACCUGCGUCACAAGUUUUUCUGUCAUGCCAGACAAGCAUGACAACCUUGCAUCCUUCCAGACCCAGACAUAUUUGCAGUUGAUAUUUUCAAAAAAAUCCUCGACGAGGUCGACAUCGACCUGGACGUGGUGAUCUACUACCGCGCCGCCACGCACAACUACUGCAUUUUCGCCCCGACCAGGAAGAACCUGAUCAAACACGGGAUUUCCGGGAAAAUCUACCACCACACCGAAGCCCGGUAGGGAUUGCAAAUGUGUCUGGGUCUCCUGGAUGAAUGGAAGGUUUGUCAUGCACACUUUGCAUGACCCAUGAUGUCUGUGAUGUAUGCUCUAGCAUGACAGGUUUUGUGCCUAUACCGGAUGAGAAAUGCCCUCUCCGCGUAGCAGCUACUGGACUCCCCUUGCUGCCCACGCAAUACAGAUUUUUUCUAGAAUCGAAAGGUAGCAUCACAAGUUGCAUCCUUCCAGAUCCAGACAUGUUUGCACUCCAUACCCGGCAGGUCGCAUCAAAGGACGUGGACGAAAAGGAGAAGCUAUGGGCGUGCACAGUGGCCCCUCGUGAUCCUCCUCAUUUGUAAAUGCAAAAUCCCAAAACCAGGCACUGCCUUGUGGCACUGUUUGCAUGACAGAUUCCGGAAGCCCAACCAGUACUAUGCUAGUCGAGUCGUGAAAGAACUUGUCAUGCACAGGCUCCACGUGAUGUGCCCGUGUUUGUAUUGCCGUUCAUGCCAGAUACAACUGAGGGGGACGAGGGGGAGUUGUGCAUGUUCAUAAAAGCUGCGCGAGUACGUGAAAAAGAUUCUCGGUUCCUCCGGCAUCCCCUUCGACCCGCAGCAGGGCUCUAACGGUGGUUUCGUGAAAGCGCCGAACGACGUGAUGGCGUUCGACUUUGCCGAGUGCUGGAACUGCAAAAAGUCGUUUUGCGUGAACUUGCCGGAUCCCAGCAAGAACCAAGCCGACGGCGGCACGAACUGGACCCCGCCUUUGGGUCUGUGCGGCGACUCGUUGCUGGAGCCCUUCUGGCCCAUGGGGCUGGGGCUCAAGCGCGGGUGGCAGGCGGUGAUGGACACGUGCUACGCCGUGGACAACGUGUGGAACCAAGAGUUAUUUACCGGCGAAGUCCCGGGGCAGCCGCAACCCCGGUACGAGAAUGCAAAAACAACCGCGAAGGACACGAAGAAUCUGCUCCCGUGGGAGGCGCACCAGUCGCAGUUUGUGCAGCAGUUGUCCAGCCACUUCGAGUACUGCCAGCGGCUCUGCAUCACCGAGGAGGCCGGGAAGGGCGAGUAUGGGGAGCGGUCCCACGUGAACCUGCAGCUGAAGAAAGUAAACAAGGACGCGGAAAAAAUCCCGUACGUGAUCGAGAUUGACCCGUGGACCAGGUACGCGCCGCUGAAGCAGAAACGGGAAGACGCGUUCAAGUACCAACCGUCGGACCAGCGGGCGAUUGAGGCCCCGGUGCUGGUCUACCAGUGGAAGUUCGAAAACAAUUGGCCGACGGACUGCGUGAAGCAGGCCACGAAGACCUUAGCGAGGGUGAAGGGCCAGAAGGCGGGGAAGGGGGACGGCGGUCCCGGAUCCCCCGGCCAGGCGGGGAACAAGAACAACUUCUCCCCCGCCCAGAGGCGAUUGUCCUCGGAUCAGAAGCAGGAGCUGCAGAAGCGCGCCAGCUAUCCACUGCAAAAGUAUCGUACUCGUAUGAAUUGCAGGUAUGCAUGACAAAUCUGGCUUCCUACCCAAAUCUGCAUUACAAAUUCCAAUUUUCUUUUUGAUAUAAAUUUGUCAUGCGAUUUAUACUAGUACGAUACUUUUGCAAUGCAUACCAGCGACCACAAACAGCGACUGAGCGACAAGGUGGUGCAGGAGAAAUUGGACGAUGUGGCUUCCCCUUUGAAAGACAAAAAAGCCGCUGGCGCGGCUUUCGGGGUCUACAUGCAGCGAGGCGGGGAGAAGUAUGUGGACCGGGCGUCGAAAAUGCCAGACGUCCAAACGGCGGCAAACAUGCACUACGGGGCCGUGACCUCGCCGAUGCCGAACCUCGGUGCUGCGUCGGACAAAAACGAAACACUGAAAAUGAUCCGAGACCUGAAGAACGAGGCCAUUGCCCGGGUAAAGCAAUUCGAAAAAAUGGAACAGGCUUUGCUGGCAGGCGGCACCAUGGCGGACGCAAACAUUCACAUACCGGUGUCCGCUAUCAACUGCAAAAGUUCUUUAUCGUUGUACUCGUUCUAAGUGGAGCCAUGUAUCAGAAGGGUCUCUCCUAGUAAGUAACCUGAAUCAGCAUGACAAAUAACACGACUCUUCUUCUUGCCUGAUGAAUCUGUCAUGCAAUUGCUACUAGAAAAAGAAGUACGAAAAAAGACUUUUGCACCGCAUAUCCGCCGCCCAGAUGGCGAAUGACGACGAGUACUUCGAUAUCCUGAGUAAAAACGUCCCCACACCAUAGUUGUCAUGCAGAUUCGCCAUGACAGGAACAUUUGUAAUGUGCAUCUCCAUGAGAGGCAUUUUCAAGCGCGUUUUGGAAUUUGUAAUGCUGUAAACGGGAUGAGCAGAUGGAUUUGUGAUGCGGCUGCACUUUCUAAACUGCACUACACUACGGACUGGAAGUUGUCAUGCGUUGCUCCCAAAGCUUCUGGGUUUGUGUUGCUAAGUUCCCAACUUGACUAUGGGGUGGGGACGUUUUUACAUAUGAUAUUCGAGCCAAUGAGCUACCCGGGGGCGUUCAAGUCAGCAAACAGCAGAACUUUCUGAGGCGGAGAAGAUUUUUUUCAGGGAGAAACAGGAAUCCAGUAACAAACAGUACAAGUUUUCAAGAUUGUUAAAUCGAUUUCUACAGUAACAAUACAAUAGGAGCGGUCAACAGGAGCACAACUGGCAUUACGCAGGAGCGUGGAGCGGUUACAGGCCCGUCAGACUGUGGUGACCGACAGACGAGUAUAUGUGUUCAUUUGAUUAAUCUAUUACAUCGGGAGUUGUGCAUGGGAGAAUGCCGAUCAUAAUGUAUUAAGGCACUUUCACCAGGAGUUCCAUUUUUCAGUUACAAUUAAACUUGCGUAGAGACUUUGUCAUAUUCAUCCUUUACACGACGACACAGUGUUGACACUGUUUUGUUAUUGCACUUUCUUUCUUGGUUUAUUCUUUCAUCAACAACAAGAUUUGUUUGGCGGCUCAUUGUAUUCUGAUCUGCAGAUGAUAAAGCCCAGCCAAUCGUGAUUUUUGAAGUAGAGCACUGACAAACUUAAAUUUUCUGGUAAAAAAAACAUUACCGACCCAGUGAAUCCUCUUGCAUGGCACGGAAUCGACGAGCACAUGAAAAAGUACGAAGCACUACCGAACCGCUUAGCUACGAGUACAAAUCGCAGCUACACAGUGCUAUAACGUAAUCGCGUAUGCAGAACCAUCAAAACCUUUGCGGACACGGAGAGAGCAAGAGCUUAACGAAUGAAUUUUUGAAUACGGAUUUAUUAAAAACGAUACUUGCAGGUAGAUUUUUCAUCAUGCUCCAAUUUUGGCGGAUGCUUUUAGUAUUUCUGUCAGAUGAAAUUCCAUUUUUCA